AGUGUAAAUUAGCGACAAAGCGUUUCAGGAAAUGAUGGAGAGGUUUAAAAGGCUGUAAAGAGAUUCACUGUAAUAUGUCUACAAAAAGAUCCUUUCUAUAUUUACUGAUAGUGUCGGUCUUGAGUGCUCAACAUCUUCUAGUCAAUGCAUAUGCUAAAAGAUAUCGCAGCGACCUACGUAUACGAAAAGAAUUCACCUCUAUGUCUUAUCAUGAAAGACGAAAAUUUGUCGAUGCGUACAAGAUAGCCUCGACACAACAACCAUUCAAAAGACGCUACGAUUACCUUGUAAGACUUCAUCAAACGUUAUUUAAAAAGGUUCACUCACAGAAACAUUUCUUUCCGUGGCAUCGUUGGUAUUUACUUCAAUUUGAAAACCUAUUUCGUUACAUUCAUAAAGACGUGACUCUUCCUUAUUGGGAUUGGAGCAUUGCUGGUGAAAGGAUUUGGGCAACGGAUACUGGAUCAAUAUGGAGCAAGAAAUCUUGGGGACUGGGAGGGAAUGGAAAGGGUUUAUUUCACUGUGUGAAAGAUGGCCCGUUCAGUGUGUACAAAUGGCGACUUGCCUACCAUUCGGGUGAAGGAUGUCUCAAACGGAAUUUUAAAGGUCGAAUGCCUAAUUGCAGGCAUGUACAAAGAACCUUGCUCCUAAAGCCUACACAGUUCAAGAGGUUCGAAGAUAUUGUGCAGGAUACAUAUCACAAUGAAUUACACUGUUGUAUUCGGGGCACUAUGGAGUUGCCAAAAGCAAGUAACACGCCAGAAUUUCUUUUACACCACGCGUUUAUUGAUAAAAUAUGGUAUGAUUGGCAAAGAAUGGAAUACGAUACAAAUGGGCGAUAA